GACCUCACUGGAGAAGCAUCGGCGGGUGCAGUGGCAUGUGAAGAGCAAGCGGAGUUCGUGAGCCUUGUAGAUAGGCUAAAUCCGCCCAAUGCGAGGAUUUACUAAAUCCGGGAUUUAAGGCAAAACGAAGGAGAUUAAAAUGGUCGUCUGUACCGUUUGCAGGAUUUAGAAUCGCGCACCGCCUGCUUCAGCUGAUAAUGCCGGCAUUGAUCAUGGUUGUAUUUUCUCGCUUAUCUCGCAACGAUAGGGUUAUGUCGGUCUGCGGAGGAUAUUGGUAUCGGAGGUUGAAAUCAUCUCUUUCCUUUGCCUCAAGGAGUUCUUGUGCAGGAUUUCAGAAUGGAUAUUUCUGCACAUCAAAUCCAUCUUUUCUUUCAAGGCCAAUUUUUGUUUCACAUUUACCUAAAUAUCUUUGUCCAAACAAUAGAGUUUGGAAAUCUAAUUUAUCAACACCAUAUUCAACUUCCUCUUCACUGUUUCGGAGUUUCGGCGUGCAUGAAAUGAAUGGAUUGGAAAGGUGGCAACCUAUCAGAUACAGGAGUAAUGCUCAAGUUACUGUCGACACUGCUAGUAAUGUGGCUAGAUUUUGUAUUGAUACACCAAGUGAAAAACAAGGAAUCCAGCCAAAAGGAAUGAAGAAAGUAAAGAAGAAAAUGUCCAGAAAAGCAAAACUUAAUGAAUUGAAGUGGUAUCGCUUAAAGGCUAAGAAGAAGAUGAAAUCUCCAAAUCCAGAAGUUAGAAUUAGGUAUAAACUCGAUAAGGCUAAAAGAAAAGAAGAGUGGCUGAUUGAGAAACUGAGGAAGUUUGAGAUGCCAAAAGCUCCCGAGCCAGAACAUGACCCUGAAAGUCUUACAGAGGAGGAGAAGUUCUAUCUAAAACGUACUGGUGAAAAGAAGAAGAAUUAUGUGCCUGUAGGUCGACGGGGAGUUUUUGGAGGUGUAGUUCUAAACAUGCAUCUCCAUUGGAAGAAGCAUGAGACUGUUAAAGUCAUUUGCAAGCCUUGCAGGCCUGGCCAGGUCUAUGAAUAUGCUCAGGAGCUAACCCGGCUAAGCAAAGGCACUGUGAUUGUCAUCAAAGCAGAUAACACUAUUCUCUUUUUUCGGGGCAAGAACUAUGUGAGGCCAGAGGUUAUGUCACCUCCUGAUACUCUCUCCAAACAGAAGGCUUUAGAGAAGUACAAGUUUGAGCAAUCACUUGAGCAUACAAGCCAAUUCAUUGAGAAGUUGGAGAAAGAGCUAGAAGAUUACCAUAAGCACAUUGCUGUGUACAAAAACUUGCAGGGAAUGUCCUCAACGAGCUUUUCAACUAUUGAGUAGUAGUCUGCUUUUUUUGGUUGUUAUGGUGAAUCCAUGCUAAUGUACGGCUGAAGCUGGAUCAAAGUAGAAAUUAACCUGCAGAAUUUGGCUGCAGGCCAGUUAGGAUCCAGAAAUGUUGGGAUAAGCAUAGAACGAUCCAAGAUAGUGCCAAUUUUUCUGUGUAUUCUGCCAGAGUAACUUAGCUGUAACAAGAAAUAAAAGUCUGGUUUUGCAGGGUGCCAAAUUUGAAGAUGUAAAAGCAUUUUCCUUGGGUCUUUUAUAUUUUGCUCUUGCAGAAUAUGUACUCAACAUUUGAGAGCAAAAGCCACUGCAACAUAACUAUGAGUAACAAGGUAAAUCAGUCAGAAGCUUGAGCAAAGUUAUGAAAAGAGUAGCAUUGUGCUAACAGAAGCAUCCCUUUUCAUACGAAGCAAACCAAAGCUUGUCUUCUUCUGACCUUUAAGUCCCUGCAUCCAACUAGAAAUUAUAGUUAAAGUACAUGUAGAGCUACACUUGUAUAUGGUUCAGAGUUCUUAGCUUGUGUGUAUAUUAUAUAUCACCUCUCCUUCUCUCUGUCUUUUAUGUAUAUUAUCUAUGCAUGCAUGAUGCAUGUAUAUGUACAUGAUAACUAAUGUAGGGGGGAGAGUUGCUUCCCUCUUGCGCUUCAGAAAA